AUGAUAAGCACUCCAGGGCUAAGGAAAUGCGCGGUUUGUGGUGAUUGUCCUGCUAAGAUUCAUUACGGUGUACUCGCAUGUUUUGGUUGCAAAGGAUUUUUCCGCAGAGCAGUCAAGGAUGGACGGAAUAAAUAUGUGUGCCGAUUUGACAAGAACUGUGAAGUAACCAAAUUUGAACGUAACGCCUGUCGAUAUUGUCGUUUUCGAAAAUGUUUGCUGGUCGGUAUGAACCCCGACUUUGUUCGACCUGACCGCGAAGAAGCUCGAGAGAAACUCCGAAGUCAAAAGUCCUUGCUUUCUAAGAAGAAAAGUAUAGGAAAAUCACUAUCGAGUAAAGGAGACGUCGACGACUGGACUCUACAGUUGCCCUCAAAUUCGAGGAAACUUCUCAAUGACUUAAAUGCACUUGAAAACGAUGUGCAAACUCUAAAUGAAGGCGGUUAUGAUGGUGUUGCUGAUUUUUGCUUGAAAAGCCUGAUUGCCGAUCGAACGUUGGCUAGAAAAAGCACGGUCAGCACGACAAUGAAUCAAAUCCGUGUUCCAACAAAGCAAGAAUUUAGUCUUCACCUGCUUUCAAUUCAAAGAGUGGUUGCAUCAACUGAUUUUAUAGACGGGCUCGUUUGUAUCGUUGACAAAGAAUCAUCACGUAAAACUACUGUGGAAGAUAAGUGCGCUUUAAUAAGUUCCACUUUCCUUCCCCUAAAUCUGCUCGAUCAUUCUGCUCGAAGUAUAGCCAAAGAGUCCAGCUAUUACGCAGAGGAAUUCACCAGAGCCUUCUCGGAUCAUCGAAUAUUAAAAAAUGCCUUGUCAAAAUUUGUAUUCCUAUGUGAGCGAUUGAAAAAAAUUUCUCCAACACCUGUCGAAUAUUCGCUUCUCCGUGCUCUAGCCGUGGCUACACCUGAUCAUGGCAUACUAUCAAAUGGCUUCAGUGAACAUCUUUGCGCAUUGCAUGAGUCUCUACAGGAGUUGUUAUUCCGCGUCAUAAAGGUGUUAAGAGGAAAGUCGUCGGUUGCGGCAGCUAACCUUAUGGCUAACCUAAUCGCUCUCGUUUAUGAAUCAAAGGCACUCUCUACGAUGCUGCUUCCAACACUACGACAAGCAUUUCCACGUGACAACAUCAAACCAUUACCGUAUCAAAAGAUUCUCACCGACAUAAUUAAUCCAGAAGUCUACGACUUACUUAUAACGAUGUCUAAUCCUCAUACGGACAAUGCCUCGCAGGCGUCGGAAGUCCAACAAUUCCCUUUUGUUGUUCCAGCAGUAACUAAUUGUCCUUCUGUGCCUUCCGUAUUCAUUAAUGGGCCAUCCUCAGACUGUAGUCAAGACUGUGAUCAUCAUUUCACCGCUCCUCAGCCUAUAAGGCCACAAACACUCGGAUUCUCCUGCAAGUUACCUUUGACGAUGACCAAGUCGAUAGAGGAUAUGUUACGACCGCCAGGAAUGAGCGAAGAUACGAAUAUCCUGAACAGGCCACUAGCCAGGGAUUGGGCGGACGGUGUACGGCUAACUCCGGUGUUUAACAGAGAUGUUGUGGCGCAGUUCUUCCCUGAGCUAUCCGAUAAUCCAAUUUUGUGA